AGUGUUUUUCUUCCUGAUCAGCCGUCAGUUCAACUCAUUUUGUAGAAAAUUCCAUUGGGGAAAGUUCUAAAACUACGAGCAUAAUUUAUUGGAAAAGUCAUAACGUUUGAAAAUUGUGUUUCAAAUUGGACUUUGCAAAUUUGGUUGUUUUUUCUGUAGAACGCAGAAAAAGUUUCGCCGUCGAGAGCUGUAACAGGGACUAACCUCAAAAAGUGCUUGAUUUUUUCUGGAGGUUUUCUUCUGGUGGAACCCUUAUUUUUUUUCCGGGAAAAUGGCCAAAUGGGGUGAAGGAGAUCCACGCUGGAUCGUCGAGGAACGACCAGAUGCCACGAACGUAAACAACUGGCACUGGACAGAGAAAAAUGCCACACCAUGGUCGAAGGACAAACUGAUAGCCCUGCUGAAGGAUUUUGUAAUCAGUGGCUCCGGACAGGAGUGUAAGGUUGUCGAAAUUGAGAAAAUGGAAGGAGAAGCCACUGCCAACAACCGUAAAGGGAAGCUAAUAUUCUUCUACGAGUGGAACAUUAUCCUCAAGUGGAAGGGUACGGUCGACGAUGAGGACGUGACCGGCAAGGUUUCCAUCCCGAAUCUUUCGGAGGAGAACGAUGUGGAUGAGGUGGAACUGACGGUUUCGGUGGACGAAUCGAACAAUGCCUCGGAGAAGCUAAAAGUGUUCAUGUACAACGUUGGUCGGGAUAAACUGCGGAAGCAGCUGGAAACCUACAUCAACGAUCUGAAGCAGAACUUUGCCAAAGGACUCAUCUUGCCCAAGAAGGGUCAGGAACAGGAUGGUGUCAAGAUGGUAAAACCGGACAAGGAAACCGUCUACGCUAGCGGUGUUAACAAGCAGAAGAUCGAGCUACAGACUGUGAUUAGCGAACCUAAGAAUGUUGGCGUCAAGCUGGACGUGAAAACGCUGGAAACCGUUGAACGGUUUCAGUGUCAGGCGAACGAGCUUUACGACGCACUUACCCGAACGGACAUGGUGACGGCCUUCACGCGAGGUCACGUCAAGCUGGAUCUUUUCAAGGGUGGAGAGUUCGUUUUGUUCGGAGGAAACGUCUGCGGCAAGUUUGGUGACAUCGUCCCGAACAAAAAGAUUAAUCAGACGUGGCGGUUGAAGCAGUGGCCUGCCGGACAUUACUCCAACGUUGUGAUGGAGCUCGAUCAGAAGGAGGAUCACACCAUGCUGAAGCUCACCCAGACGCUUAUCCCAUCGGCCGAGUUCGAGGCAACGAAAGCCAACUGGAACCGCUACUACUGGGACAGUAUUCGAUCGGCGUUUGGAUUCGGUAGCUUUCUGUACUAACACCGAGCGAAGGCACAUGAAUAUGAUAGGUACUACCACAGGAGAAAAUUAGCCAUUCACACACGAACACACUAAUUGAUGAGUCAACACAUAGCGGAAAAAAUGCGUUCUUCAAAUAUGCUUGACGCAAAAACAUAAUAGGAAAAUAGAAAGUUUGAAAAGUGGAAAACAUUUGCUGGGAAUGAUUCUAAACGCAUUGGCGCUUCUAGGUUAGGAUGGUUGUUCUUUCUCCUUAUGAUUGAAUUGAUUGAAUCCUCCGUCUCUAUUACUACAGCACGAAUUGGCAUAGCAGUAACGAUUAUUAUAGAUUAUUCUCCUUUUGUGUAUUAUAAUAACUACUAUAAAAAGGUAACGCUUAUUUAUGACAUAAAGCAGUAAAGCAGUAGUGGAAGGAGGGCCAUAGUGAGGUUCGUGUAGUUUAGCCUUGGAUUUCUUAUUGUUCGAAACAAAUUAAUUUGUUUCGAACAAUUAGCGGUUCGAAGAGGACUGGAGUACGCGAUGCUCAUUAUGCCCCACCUGUUCACUAUGGCCCUCUUAUCCCUACCGUUUGUUUCUUAUUUUGGUUCACGGCUGCGAGCAACCUAUUACAGACAAUUGUAAGUGAUUUGGCGUUUCCGUUGCUUUCAAGUAAGAUGAAAACCUAAAGGUCAUAAGAAUAAUAACCAAACCUAAAGCGCUACUACAUUGCUGCUUCCUGGGGGAGA